AUGUCUGAGGAACGUCGCCCCCGAUCGCGCUUUGACAGCGACGAUGCUGAGCGCCCUGUUCGCUCGCGCUUCGACUCAGAUCGUCGCUCCAGGUCGCCGUCGCGGAGGGAAUCCGAGUCGCAUCGCGCCCGUAGCCCUAUCGCCCGUGAAGGCACAGACAGCCCUGCAUCGUCCAACUUCAAGAACGAGGCGGCAGCAAAGGCGGCGGCUGCGGCUGCGAGGAUCAACGCGCAGAUUCAGGCGAAGAAGGGCAUCCAGCAUGUCGACGUGCCACCGAUUCGCUCUGCCGCUACUCCUCCAGUCGCCAAGUCGCCUGCCUCAAACUCCGCCGCGGCCAUAAACAACGAGACGUAUCAGCAGGAUGGUGACUACAUCAAAGACAUUGAGAUCAAUGAUCUCCGUAAUCGCUACACACUGACUAAAGGAGCUACACAAAAGAGGAUCAAAGACGAGACUGGCGCCGAUGUCACUACUCGCGGAGAAUACUACCCUGACAAGAACAUGGCCACUGCUACUAACCCGCCGCUGUACCUCCGCAUUACUAGCACCUCUAAGGAAGGUCUGGACAAGGCUGUAGAGAUGAUCGAAGAGAUGAUGAAGGAAGACCUUCCUAACCUCGUAGACGAACGUCGCUUCCGCCGCAGGGAGCCGGAGAACUUCGAACGCGACGAGUUCGGCAGACGCAAGUGGCCCGAAGAGAAGAUUUCCGUAGGUCUUGAGCCUAUCAGCGGCUUUAACUUGCGCGCACAGGUUGUCGGUCGCGGUGGCGACAACGUCAAGUUCAUUCAACAGGAGACAGGCUGCAAAGUCCAGAUCAAAGGUCGCGGUUCCGGCUUCAUGGAGCCAAACAGCGGACAAGAGAGCGACGAGCCCAUGUACCUUCACAUCGCGUUCGUAUACCCCGCCAUUCUUACCCUCCAAUUACUGACAGAUCAUAGUGGACCCCGCCCAGAAGGUGUAGCCCAGGCCAAGCAACUUUGCGACGAACUCCUCGACAAGGUAAAGUCGGAUUAUCACGCUUACAAGGAACGCCCUCCACCGAACCGUUACGGCGACCGAGAUGGCUAUGGCGGUGGACGACCGGGAUACGGCGAUCGUGGCGACCGUGGAGAUCGCGGAGACCGUGAUCGCAGCCAGAGCUACGGAUACGGUGGAGGAAACGGAGGGGGCGGCGGCUACGGUGGCUACGGUGGCUACGGCGCUCAGGGUCAGAACGGUUACGGCGGCCAGGACACAAUCAUGUCUCCUGCUGCUGCAACGCCGACUGCUGAUGCUAACAACCAAGCCUACGACGCGAAUGCGGCACAAGCAUGGAUCGCCUACUACCAGCAGAACCCAGAGGCUGAUCCUUAUGCGGCCUACGGUGGGUAUGCAGCGUAUCUCGCACUCCAGCAACAGCAGUAUGCGGCGUACUAUGCUCAGAACGGUUAUGGCCAGACGCAGUCGCCUGCUCCCGGCGCUGGCGCGGCUGCACCACCACCGCCGCCGCCUUCAGAGCCAUCCGGCUACGCUGCUCCUCCGCCGCCUCCACCGGCUGCAUCGCCUUCCAACUAUGGCGCAACAACCUACGAAAAGAUGCGGUCGCAAAUCCUUCGUGCUGGUCAAGCAGCCAACUGCAGGGUGAGUCUACACAUGCCAUUGGCCGCUCAACAUCUCUCCAAACCUCAUGCGACUUUCGCAGUAGUCAUCACCCAUCUCUCCUCCCUCCGCCAACCGCUCAGAUGCCUAGCCACAUCGCACUCGCCACCAUCCGCGCGCAACGUCGACCUCGCCUCCCGCACCCCACCGUACGCCAAACUACUCUCGCGGCUCGAAGAAGUCCGGCGCGUACUGGGUUCCUCUCGCCAAUUGACUUUGGCAGAGAAGAUUUUGUAUUCGCAUCUUGAGAGUCCAGAGGAGUCUUUGUUGAGCAACACAAAUGGCGGGAGGGAUAUCCGGGGCCAGGCGAAUCUCAAGUUGAAGCCGGAUCGCGUGGCCAUGCAGGAUGCGAGUGCGCAGAUGGCGCUGUUGCAGUUUAUGAGCUGUGGGUUACCGAGUACGGCUGUGCCUGCUAGUAUACACUGCGAUCAUAUGAUCGUAGGGGAGAAGGGCGCCGAUACCGACCUUCCACAAUCGAUAGCGGGUAACAAGGAGGUUUUCGAUUUCCUUGAGUCGGCGGCGAAGAAGUACGGAAUCGAGUUUUGGCCACCGGGCGCUGGUAUUAUCCACCAGUCUGUUUUGGAGAACUACAGCGCUCCGGGCUUGAUGAUCUUGGGUACCGACAGCCACUCGCCGAAUGCUGGAGGUCUGGGAUCGAUUACAAUCGGUGUUGGUGGUGCGGACGCGGUGGAUGCUCUUGUGGAUGCGCCAUGGGAGCUGAAGGCACCCAAGAUUCUGGGUGUGAAGCUCACCGGAGAACUCAGCGGAUGGGCAUCGCCAAAGGACGUCAUCCUGAAAUUGGCUGGCGAGCUGACCGUCCGGGGUGGCACUGGCUUCAUCAUUGAGUACUUCGGCCCUGGUGUGCAGUCUUUGAGCUGCACAGGUAUGGCGACUAUCUGCAACAUGGGCGCUGAAGUCGGCGCAACUACCUCGCUCUUCCCCUUCUCUCCUGCGCAUAUCCCCUACCUCCAAGCCACACACCGCGGACCGAUCGCUGAAGCCGCCGCAAAGAUCGCCGGUUCACCAAUGCAGCAGAACUUGCUACGACCUGACCCGGAAGCCGCUUACGACAAAGUUAUUGAGAUCAACCUCUCGGAACUUGAACCACACAUCAACGGACCAUUCACCCCUGACCUAUCAACACCUCUAUCCAAGUUCAAGUCUGUAGUUGAAGAGAAGGGAUGGCCACAAACAUUCGGCGCGGGCCUGAUUGGUAGCUGCACAAACAGCUCAUACCAGGACAUGACACGGUCAGAAGAGAUUGUGAAGCAGGCUCUGGCAGCGGGUCUCAAGCCUAAGGCAGACUUCUUCAUUACACCGGGCAGUGAACAGAUCCGAGCAACGUUGGAACGGGAUGAAACCCUUCAAACGUUCACUGCUGCUGGUGGCACUGUAUUGGCAAACGCUUGCGGUCCCUGCAUUGGGCAAUGGAAGCGUACCGACGACGUAAAGAAGGGCGAAUCCAACGCUAUCCUCACAUCCUACAACCGCAACUUCCCCGGCCGCAACGAUGGCAACCGAGCUACCAUGAACUUCCUCGCUUCUCCCGAACUCAUUACUGCCAUGUCAUACUCUGGCUCUACGACCUUCAACCCAAUGACCGACAGCAUCCCGACACCAGACGGCAAGCCUUUCAAAUUUUCGCCGCCAAAGGGCUCUGACCUCCCUACCGCUGGUUUCGCAGACGGUAACCCAGACUUCAUGCCUACGCCAGGCGUUCCAGACCCCAGCGUAGAUGUUAUUGUCUCGCCUACCUCCACCCGUCUGGCACUCCUUGAUCCCUUCCCUGCAUUCCCCGGCUCGGAGUUUACAGGCCUGCGGGUACUCUACAAGGUCAAGGGACAAUGCACAACAGACACCAUUUCGGCUGCCGGUCCAUGGCUCAAGUACAAGGGCCAUCUACCCAACAUCUCUGAGAACACACUCAUCGGUGCAGUCAACGCCCAGACUGAUGAAGUCAACGUUGCCUACGACUUCGACGGUAAGACUUCUGGUAUUCCAGAACUAGCAAAGAGGUGGCGCGACCAGGGCAUCGAGUGGCUAGUCGUAGCAGAGCAUAACUACGGCGAGGGCUCUGCCCGUGAACACGCCGCCCUACAACCCCGAUACCUCGGCGGCCGCAUCAUCCUCGCCAAGUCAUUCGCCCGUAUCCACGAGACCAAUCUGAAGAAGCAAGGUAUCGUCCCUCUCACCUUCGCCAACGAAGCCGACUACGACGCUUUCGAAGCAUGCGACCAGGUCGCUACAAGGGGAUUAUUGGACGUGCUGAAGAGUGGUGGCAAGGGCGAAGUCGAGCUUGUCCUCAAGAAGAAGGACGGUAGCGAGAAGAUCGUCAAGACCAAGCACACUCUAUCCCAUGAUCAGUGUGGAUUUGUGAUGGCUGGUAGUGCGCUCAACCUUCUAGCUGCGAAAGGCAGGGAGAUGAAGGAGGAGGUUACCCGGAGUGCGGAGCUGACUGAUUGA